CCUGCAGCUCCUGAUGUACUAUUUUUCUGUGCGAAAUACAACCUGGUGGAGAGCUUUGCAAUACUGACGUUGCUCCCCAGCAAGCGGCGGGUGACGACAAAUGAUUGCGCGAAACUUAUUACAGUCUCGCUCUAGGACUAGGAGGUGUGACAAACAACGUCAGCGCACCGGUUGACCGCUUACAUAUUCGUUCCGGAGAUCAAAAAAUAAAGCAAAAUACAAAUAGUGAUCGGAAAAGAUUGAGAGACCACGGAGACCGCAUUUCUCGUCCGUUUUUCUGCUGCGUGCAAGGUCGUUUAGUCCUUGGUCGAAGAUGGUGGCUCUCGAUGACGUUGUGGCGUUCACCGGCGUGCUUGGGAGCAUCGGCAUGUGCUCCUAUUUUGCCUUCAUGAUGAUACGAAAGCCAGAGGAAAUGCUUGCCAAUUUCGGUUAUGUAGCGGCGGACAAAGAGCAGCUGUAUCCGUUGGUGGUUUCGCUGAUGCGCUACCUGGGGGCCGCGCAUAUAGCUUUCAGUAACUUUAACGUUAGUACUCGCCCCCUCGUGUACUUGAGUAUUCAUAUGCAGAGAGCCCACGAACGUUCUAACCAGGAUUGGAGUUUUCUACUUGUCAUAUUCAUCGUCUAAAAUCAGUCGAGUGCUCUCUCCGGUGUUGCUUCGUUAUAAUAUAACAAAUCUCCCUCAAACACUGUUUGAUGUUGAUCUCCAGGAUAAGUGCUUGAAAAAACAAGAGUGACGCAGCCGUGUCGAUGCUAGUGGUGGCCUUUUCAGGCGCCCGCCGCCUUUGAUUUUGCUGGCAGGCAAUUCGGGGACUCCAAAAAUUUCCCAAAAGAAGAAGUGCCCGAAAUGAGGACAGCGAACUCGUAUGGUGUGGCAGGCGUCGACGACUUGGGGCAUUCAGGGCGAUCCCGAUCGCGAAAGCGGCAGCAUGGCCGUCGGCUCCAAAGCCGGGGGCAGCUUCGCGACCGAAAGUCACGCUCGCAUGAAAAUGAAAAGGAAAGCAAAACAAAACGCAAAGCCUAAGCGCCGUACUUCGUAUCGCAGCACUUACGCUGAUAUCUUUUGGGUCGUCCGUCCGCCGCAUCUACGGCGCCGUUCGCUUGGGGGGCCCAAGAAACUCGCCAAACUCGCAAAGUUGGGGCCGCUUGUUCAUUGGCCGCCAUGCUCAUUCCGCGCGGCGUGGCGCCGGCCGCGGGGGUGCGGCUUGGGUGCGCCUAGAAUGGAAAAUAAAAACCGCGCGCGCCGCACCAUUUUUUCACGCGCCCCCCCCUUAGCGUGGGUGUUCCGCCCGCUUUUCCGCAGCGCGUACUUUUGGAAGCUUCGCCGAAGCUGCAAAAGGCUUGAUCCAAGGGAGCCGCUCCGUGCAAGAGUUGUGCGGCCGGUUUCUGGCUCGAGGCGAGAAAACGCCGCGGACCUCAUUGCCUCCCCCCGCGGAGGCGGCAAACUAGUUCUGGCACUACUCAGCACGCUACCCAGCUGAGUCCGCUUGAGCCCAUCGCUACUUGACAGCGAUCGGACCGGGCCCGUCAAUGUGGCAGGAAGCCUGACACCGAUAGAUGAGCCAAGUUGUCGAAUGGGUACUUACUUUAUAUAUAUAAAUAUAUACAUACGAAGUAAGAAAGGUUGUAGAAGAUCUAGAUCUAGAUCUAGUUCGCCCACUCGUGACCAUGUUGCGGGAUGGAUAUACAUCUGCCAUUGUCCCCUUUGAACAAAUGUCAUCUCUCCGCUAUCAGGUUUGGUUGCCACCUAUUUGUUGGUCUUAUCGGUGUUCUACACGGGGCUGUGGCAGACGUCGUUGACCUUUGUGGUGGUGUAUGUUGCUGGCCUGGCCUGCGUGGCGGGGUACCGCGCAUUUUACGAGGACCUAAAAACCCCAAAGAACUCGGCUGUCUCUGUUGAAGCCAACAAGAAGAACUUCAAAAUUACCGGCGCGGCCCUGGCGGUCCUGCUAUUUGCCGAAUUCUUGCUGUGGUUGUACUCUCCGGCGUACGGGCAAAACUACGUAAACGAUGCAGUGUACCCCGCGCUAAAAAAUAUUAUUUAUGCAACACUAUGAAUUUUUAUUUUGUAUAGCUGUUGAUCUUGCUAUUUAGCAUGAAAGACAUUAUAUACAUGCCAUUUCGUACUGCAUAAAGAUAAACAUAAAUACCUGCGGUACAGUUACAGCUCGACACUGAUUAGAGUAGAACAGAUCCCGCACGACAGAUCGAUCGAGUUUUUGCAUGUCGCCGUGACAUUGUCGUUUACUUACACGAGAAAAGAAGAAACGAAAUAGCAAGGUCGUGCUCUUGCCUCUCUGCUGGCAAUAAGACUUCAUAGAAAAAAUCGAUCCGGAUUUUUUUCUUGCAUACACUGCACGGGCUGCCCGACAAUUUGACCUUCGUCAAAAACCGCGUCCAAAACUUCUUCCUGCAACACCGGCAGGUGGUGUUGUGAGAAACGCGGCACGGUUUUUCUCUUGUUCCAUGAAGAUGUUCCCUCCGCUGUGUGAUGGGUGCAGCAAGUAAGUAUCCAAUGCUGGCUCCUUUGCCUUUAUAUAUUAUUGUCUUGAUCGUUAACGUUAUGUUUAUGGGUUGUAGUACUGCUCUGGCGUUGAUUUUUAUCGUUUUUUUUCCUCAGUACUAUGCGCUGGGAUCCCCAGUGUGUCAUACUACUUGCAAGCGCCAGCGCCAUCUUGGGAUCCUUCCUACUUCACUUCACGUCUAGCGUUGAACAUGAUUCGUUUCGCUGUCUUUUUCGGAAUGGUCGUUCGAAUUCGCUUUUAUUUGUUCUUGCCGGCCCGACGGGAUAACUUUGCACCUGCUUUGGCAGAGUGGUUGGACCAUCAAUGUCAAUAACAGCGCGAAGUGGGAGGUGUCGAGCUCUUGUGUUCUCUCAUCGUCUCUUCUGGUGCUGUGCAGAUGCAGUAUGGAUGAAGAAAAGCAGUCAGGAGAGGAACGUCGCCUGGCGAAAGUGCUUGAAGUGGUGUAUCUAUGUGCAUGUAGCUUCCGCAUGCAAAUUGAAUGAUUAUGUAUUGGUUCUUUGUCAAAACCAAAAGUAUAGUGACUGGUGACGACGCUUGCAAAAGAAAUGGAGCAGGAGCUAACCUAUGAAAUAGCAAUUAUAUAUAGUUACCUACAUUACCUAUACAGUGUGAACGUCGUCCCAGCAGACGGCUCGUGACGCGAAGCGGUAAGGCAAUCCAAUCGCGAACUUUUCACAAAGAUUGCACACCAGCAGAAGUCUGUGUGCGACGGAGCGUCUCAUGGAUCGUCAUAAUGUGCGUUUGAUCAGAUGCACAACUAAAACAAGCGUAAAACUUUCAUAUAUCUACUUGAAAUUCG